CAUUCCUUUAUCCUUAGGUGUCCACAUUCUUUGCGACUGUUUAGUAAUGGGAAUUGUUUGCUAUAAACGCCAGAAGGCAAAUCAAAAGGACGAGAAGACAGCACCCAAUGUUCCAAAUCUCAAUGAAAAUUAUUACGUAAAUGAAACUCAUGCUGUGGGUAUGUAUCAUUCUGCCCUGAAACAUGAAUCAGAAAAUACUAAACCAGACUUUGACGACACUUAUCAGGAAUCUACGGAGAGAGUGUAUGAUCAUUUGAGAGACGUAAAGACAAGGAAAUGCAAAACAGAAGACGUUUACGAUCAUGUUCCAGCUGUUGCAAAGCAGGAAUACGUGUAUGGCGGACAUGACGUCAAUACUGCAGGACGAUUAGAGAGUACUUAUGACCAUACUGCGUCCAUUUCCGAUUAUAGACAAAAUAAUAAGGGAAUGAAUAAAAUGGACGACGAUUACUCUCAAGUCCAUCACGUGACAUAAGGUGUACACUAUGUAAGGUUUUAUGAACUAGUAGAGCUGUAUUCCUUAAAAGUAAUGGAGUCGAGGCCCAUUGCUUUUCAGGAAUACAGCGCUGUGAGUAUAUUGAUCCGCUAAAAAUCUACUAGUACUGUUUUAAAUGCUUGUAAUUAUUGUUUAUCAAUAUGUAAUAAAGAUAUAUUUUAAUAAGAUACUGUCCGACUAUG